AUAAUGUAUUCUUCAAAAUCAAUUAUUAAUUCACAACCUGAAGAAGUUUGGGCCGAAUUAAACUCAAGAUUUAUUAAUCAUGACGUCAAGUAUGAAAACGUUCUAUCCGAACAAUUGUUUAAAUACCUUAACAAUAAAGCAACAGCUGCAGGUACAAACAUUGGAUAUGUUCUUGCUUCCGUAAUAACUACAGCUAAUUACUUGACCUCUAAAAAUCACGGUUCGAUCGAAAUAAGAAAUGGUUAUAGCAUUAACCUUAACACAUUUUUCUUGUUUGUUGGGCAGCCGUCUACAGGAAAGUCGCCCGCUAUUAAGAUGGCAGUUAAUCAACCAUUAAAGGCUAUUCAAGAAGAUACAGACAUUAUAUCUAACACCACCACAUCUGGCUUGACAAAGUGCCUCUGUACAAGAAAAUGUACAUACAUUGUUAAUGCCGAAAUACAGGAGUACUUGUACAAAAUAUUGAAAAAAAACGAUGAGAAUUACACUGGGGAUAUGGAGAUUCUAUCGAAGAUUUUUAGUGGAGAAAAUGUGUCUAUUCAAUUCAGUACUGAAAAUAACAGAUAUAUACCUGAAAAUUGCGCAUUGUGCAUAUUAGGUGCUACACAAAUAAAAAGCAUGGCUUUUAUUUUGUCUUUAAUGGAUAAAGGUAAUGGAUUUUUGGACCGAUUUUUAAUUAUAACGCCUCGUUCAUACCGUCCGAUGCCCAAGGAACAACAAAUCGCCCAACAAUCCUCAACAACAAUCGAUAUUAAGGAUAUUUAUGCCAACUAUGUACACAUAGAUAAUACAAUAUUCUAUUUAGACGAAAAUGCGUUAAAAUUGUACGACAACAUGGAGACACAGUUUUUGACCGAUCUAAACAACGAUCUUUUGCACGGCAGACCAACCAGCAAGUCUAAAAAACCAGAGUUAAUUCCAAAAGUUGCUGUCGCUCUACACACAGUGGAAUACUUUUAUAAUGCCCUUUUUAAUGAAGUUGAAUUUACAUGUCUACCAGAAGCUAUUUCCUUGCAAACAUUGGAACGUGCCAUAAUGUAUGUUGAAUCAAUUGAUGAACAGAAAGAAUUAUUUUACACAUAUAUCACAGAAUUGGUUAGUACCAGCAAAACACCAUCAGUUAAACGUGCCCCAACUUCUGAUGAAUAUAAAAAAGCUGUUUUAAUGACACCGGGUGCCUUCGUCACAUACAGAUCUUUCAAACAAAGUACAUCAAAAAGAUUUCGCGGUUUACUAUCCCAAGAAUUUGUUAAGUUUAUAGAAAACUUUGUUAACAAAGACAUUGGUCGUUUGGUUAGUGUAAGAGCAGUUGGGUCGUCAAAAUCAUCAAAAGUAUUUGUUAAAAAAGAAUUUAGGGACUUGCCAUCCGAAAUAAAAAAUUGGUUACAAGAAAGUGAAUAUGAAACAAAAAGGCUCGCCAAACAUCCUGUUUGUAUUACGGAUCGGAUUAUCGAGUCUAUUAAUCUUGAAAUUCAUUAGCAAAAAUUUUU